ACGUUCUGACUUACAGACAGAAAAAGGAAAGACAAGCGGGAGAGUGAAGCUCUUUAUUAAACAGUCUCUUAGCUCAACACGGAGUUUUCGCCGUCAUUUUGUUCAAAACAAACGUAUUUCUUCCAACACAGUGAUCCAGUGAAGCACAGAAGUGGACGAAAGAAGUUAUCCUACCACUCUGACAACUGACACUGACUUUAAGUUAAACCAGAAACACCGAGGCGGAGUCCUGACUGCUUCCGGGAAACAGAUCACCUGUCUGAGUGUCCAGGAGUCGACUGGAAACUUUCUUCUUCUUCAGCACUUUGAAUAAACUGGAGCCACGAUGGAAGUGCUCUUGAACAUCCUGGAUGAUCUGGAUGAUGAUCAGCUGUCUUUAUUCCAGUGGUACCUGCAGAAGCCCAACAUUGUUCAAGGCCUCCCAGGCAUCAAAAAGAGCCGACUACAGACACUAGACAGGUGUAAAACUGUGGAUGUGAUGGUGCAGACUUACGGACUUCAGGGAGCUGUGCAGGUGACCAGGGUGGUUUUAGAGAAGAUCCUCAGGAAUGAUCUGCUGCAGAGGUUUCCUGCCAGCAGCUCAGGACCAGGAGUACAUGUCAGUGAUGUUGGGAAGACUUCAGAGAACAGAGAACGUUCCUCCUCUCAGACUCAGGCUUCUCUUCCUCAGACUGAAGAUUCCUGUCAACUCACAGUCGACACAAACACAGUAAACAGACACCUCAAACUGUCUGACAACAACAGGAAGGUGACAUAUGUGAUGAAGGAUCAGUCGUAUCCCGAUCAUCCAGACAGGUUUGACUACUGGGAACAGCUGCUGUGUAGAACUGGUCUGACUGGUUGCUGUCACUGGGAGGUGGAGUGGAGAGGAGAGGUUGAAAUAUCAGUGAGUUACAGAGGAAUCAGAAGGAGAGGCUUCAGUAAUGACUGUGUGUUUGGAUGUAAUGAUCAGUCCUGGAGUCUGAUCUGCUCUGAUCUUCAUGGUUACUCUGUCAGUCACAAUAACAGAGAAACACCCAUCAGGUCCUCCUCAGUCUCUCACAGAGUUUCAGUUUAUGUGGACGUUCCUGCUGGAACUCUGUCCUUCUAUAGAGUCUCCUCUGACUCUCUGAUCCUCCUCCACACCUUCAACACCAUAUUCACUGAACCUCUGUAUCCUGGAUUUGGGGUCUGGUGGCCUGGUUCAUCAGUGUUUCUGUGUUGACUUCAGUAUCCAGAAUCUCCUCCUGUUAGCGAAACAGUGUUAAACAGAUAGUUCAGUCUCUGCAUGACUCUGUCACUGAGAAACAUGUUUUCAGAUUCACGUAUUAAAUCUGUUUAUAUCUGAAAUCCUUUGAAA